GCAGGAUAAUGCAUGUUUUUUGUCUUAUAUGUCUAUUCAGCAUAACUGAGGUAAGCUAAAAUCCCUUCCUGGAUUUUUGACUAAAUUGCAGUUUGCAUCUGACUUGCUCUGCAUUUCUGUAUCUACCAAGUAAUUGAGCAAUAUACGGAUGUCCACCAUCAUUUGUAGGAAAUUGUUUUAUAGUUGUUGGCUGCAGGUGCAUGCUGGGUGAUUUUAAAGUCCAGUUGUUAUCUCUCUGGAACAGAGAAGAGGUCAGAGUCAAUGAGUAAAGUCUCUGCAGGUUGUGAGGAGACCUUCAGAUUCAUCUGGUGUGAGAGGGGAAGAAAGAAGAUGUUUGAUUUGAGGAGCUCAGCCCUCAUUGUGCUGUUGACUCUGCAGUGGGCUGCUGGCUCUUCAGCUCAGCCGUGUCAAGCUCCUGCAGGAAGAUGUAACUUUGUGCAAGACUGUCCUGACUGGAGUGAUGAGCAAAACUGUGGCUACAAUGGAAAAGGAUUUGUCUGUGACUUUGAGGAUGAAGGAAUGUGUGGAUGGGCUGGUGAAUCGUCCAGUGGAGACUACAAAUGGGAGAGACGUCAGAGAGGAGAAACAGUCCCAGACAGUGGACCGUCCUCUGAUUACACCACCGGCACAGCCAUGGGUUGGUUUAUGGGGGUCAGUGCAUUGAAGGAAGAGAUGCUCCAUACUGCACUUCUGAUCUCUCCAGUUAUUAAUCAGACUUCAGCAACGUGUCGUCUUCAUCUCAGAUACUUCCUGUGGGACUCAGGUCACACCGGUCUGGGAUCUACACCCUUGUGGGCAUCCAUCCUCUACCCAGAUGGUGGAGAGGCUGUUGUUUGGCGUCCUGAGGCGUCCAGUAUACGUGCCUGGAGGGAGGCCCUCAUUUUUCUGGGCCGUAUUCCCUCAGCUUUUCAAAUCCUUCUUCACUCACAGCGCUCAGUGGGGCAAAGAGGAGAUGUGGCCAUAGACCAGCUGGAGUUUCUAGACUGUGCUCUUCCCUCACCACUCCCUGGGGGAAACUGUUCAGCAGGAAUGGUGAAGUGUAACAACGAGGCCUGUGUGGAGGAACGACAGCUCUGUGACGGCAGCGAUGACUGUGGCGAUGGAUCUGAUGAGCACAACUGCACUGAAUAUAAUCGCUGUGACUUUGAGGAUGGCCUGUGCAUUUGGGACCUGAGGUCAAUUUCCAAACUGAAAUGGGUGAGGACAAAUCAGGAGCAGAUCUCCAACAUGGAUCCUCUGAAAGGACCAGGCAGAGAUCAUUCUAAAAACACAGCAUCAGGUUACUUUCUCUAUGUCACUGUCCCUGAUGAGGGUCUUUCAACAGACUGGGCCUCCUUCCAAAGUCACCAUCUUGAACCCACUAAUAGUUCACAUCCUUGCAAGAUGGUGAUGUACACUCACCAGUUUGGGCCAAGGUCGGGCGGUUUGACGGUGAUGGUUGCAGAUCAAUAUAUCUACCCAGUGUGGGAAAGAGGUGGGUCUCUGGGUGACCUCUGGGUGAAGGCAGAGGUGGAGAUUGUCACCAAUGUCACAUUUCAGAUCCUGAUUAUGGCAGCAAUCAGGGAUUUUGCAUAUGGCGGUAUUGCUAUUGACAGCAUUGUGCUGUCUCCUGAAUGUCGUUUAUUGGAUGUAGUAAAUAUUUCUUUUGGAAUACCCCCUAAACCCCCCAAAAAUCCGUGUGCUGAACCGGAUAAGAUGUGUGAUUUUCAUGUUGACUGUGAAGGAGCAGAGGAUGAAGCCAAAUGUGGGGAUUUCUCUUACGCUCAGGGCAGCUCAGGCUGGACUGACACCAGCCUCGGGACUCAAGGUUGGGUGCUAUAUCAAAAUUCCACAGCCAAAGAGGAGUACCUGUAUGUAGCGAAGGCCCCAGGCCAGCAGCUGACUCAAGCCCAAACACGGACCCCCCUCCUGGGCCCCACUGGGCCCAUCUGUAGCAUGAGCUUUGACUAUGCACUAACUGGGAAUCCCAGUUAUAUUGGUAAUCUGUCUGUCAGAGUGAUCGACAGCGUAAUGGGCAUGGGGCCUAAACUGUGGGAGUUUAAUAGCAAGACUGGAACAGAGGCAGAGGAGUGGCAACACGCUGACAUACUCAUUGGGUUCAGGAAGCAUCGCUUCCAGCUGGCAUUUGAAGCUCACGCUCAGAAACUUUGUCCUUGUACCAAGAUUAAAGUAAAAAAUGUUAAAUUUACCAACUGCCAUGCUGGCUAUUAUCCAUUUUCUCCAACAGGACUGUCAUGUAACUUUGAAGAGGGACUGUGUGGGUGGUAUCAGGACAGCAGCGACAACUUUGAUUGGACCGUGCUCAGUGGGAUGGACCACACCAUCAGUGUUGGCAGAAGCCUUGUUGUGGACAUGUGGAGUCCCUCCCUGCACGGUUUGUUUGGACGCCUAAUUUCCUUUCCACAGUCACCGGGUCCCAAAGAUUACUGCCUCUCCUUCUUCUACAAAGUCUACGGGCCAAACACAGGCACUCUGAAUGUGAAGCUAACAGAUGGCAAAGGUUAUGAGAUGGUCCUCUGGACCCACAGUGGAGCUCAUGGAAAUAUUUGGCAUGAAGCGCACUGCCCAGUACCUCAACAGAUCUCAAAAUUUCAUCUGAUGUUUGAAGCAGUUCGCUCUGGCUACGACGGACUCGUGGCCAUCGACGAUGUGGCGUUCUCGGAUAAUCCAUGCAGCAUCCCAAGAGUGUGUUCCUUUGAAGGCCAACAGUGUGGGUACACUAGCUCUAGUAAAGUUCUGUGGCUCCACCUUAACGGAUACACAUCAGCAUCAAAUGGGCCCAAAACUGACCACACUCUGCAGACUGAACUGGGUUUCUACAUGGUUGUUAACACCAGCGCAAGCGUCCUUCCCUCAGGUAGUACCGCAGUCCUCACCUCACUUGUUCACCAAGGAGCUGCCCGUACUGAGUGUCUACAUUUCUGGUAUCACAUGAGAGGAGUGAAUCCUGGUUCUCUUACGGUGUAUGUGAAGACAGUGAAGGGAGAGAGAGUGAAGAUCUUUACGAGCAGCCUGAAUCAAGGAGAUGUGUGGCGCCUUGGUUAUGCCAACAUUUCCACUGAGCUCGAGGACUGGCAGUUGGAGUUUGAGGUGGUGGGAGCCGGAGGGAAAGACUCUCACAUUGCAAUCGAUGACAUCUUCCUUUCACACUAUCCAUGUGAAGAUCAAGGUUCCAAGUGCAGUAUGGAGAAAGGGAUGUGCAGCUGGAGCAACACUCAGAACACAACCAUAGGCACACUGGACUGGGAGCUGACGAGUGUGGAGAUGGAGCGUCACUACCCCAUCCCACCUGAGGACCACACGCUGGGCACAGAAAAAGGUCACUUCCUGUUCUUUCCGAGCAGCAAUCGGACAGAAGUCAGUCAAAGUGCUCUACUGCUGAGCCCUCACCUGCCCCCAACUAAAGGCACCUGCCUGAGAUUCUGGGUCUACAAAACCCAGUCAUCGGACUGCCGCCUACAUGUGUCGAGACUCUCUGGAGGUCAUUUCAUCCCGCUGGCUGACACUGAAUUUGGUGGAUUGUGGAAACGUUUUGACAUCAACAUCACAUCUACUGAGGAAUACCAGAUUGUGUUUGAAGGGGUCAAAGGCACAGCAGGUGUUAUUGCUCUGGAUGACAUUGAAUACACCAUCGGGAUCAACUGCGCCAACAAAGUCACAGAUCCAGUAAAACCCUCGCCAAACCGAAACAAUGCAGGAGGGAUUGCUGCAACCGUGAUUGUACUCCUCCUGCUCAUCGGCACGCUGGUCGCUCUGCUGGUUUUCUACCUUCGAACACGCCAGACAUCUAAUUCCUCAUCUGGUCCUGGUUUCAGUAAUGACAUAUAUGAAUCAGACCUCACACAGGACCAUGUUACGGUUGCACAGGCCCCAAACCAUCCAAUGGCAGCUGGGUUCAAUAAUGUCUCUGUCUCUCCUACCACCAGAGAGAGGGAGGCGGCGUGAGGCUCAGGGUGCAAAAGUCCCACCACUCAAAGGUGGUUUUGUGAAAUAAAGGCGACAUCACAGUAGAAGAACUGCUUGUGUCAGCCUUACAUGGCAUACACACACACACACACACACACACACACACACACACACAAACACAGAUAAUGCAAGCAUAGCCCACACACUGACCCAUGGAAGUAGACCCAAUUGGUGAAGCUGCCUCAGAUCAGAUGGGACUCUUGAGGUUGCUCCUCUUUGGCUGUGGACAGACAGAAGUCAGCAGGACAAUGUCUAAUGUGUUGUGGAUGAAUAUUAGGUUAAUUUUCUCUAAAUCGAGACUUGACACAGCCCAUGAAUGACAGGAAUGGCUGCAAGUACAUCCUGUUUAGGUCUCUCAGAAAGCUCCAAUAAAUUUACUUUAAGUCCAACCUGUCUGCAGAGAUUUCAGCAGGUUAGGCUCUUUUUUGGGGUCCUAAAAGGGGCACUCUUCUUAUUUUAGAUAAAAUCAUUUCCUGGUUGUGGGUCUGUAAAACAUUAUUAUACCUUUGUCGGUUCUUAACUUUUUUUCUUAGCUUUAGCCUAGUCUAUAGGUUUACAACAGAGACUGAAUUAGGACGCUGGAAUUUGAAAGUAUGGCACUUUACCAGAAACAGGGGUCUAAUGAAGAACCCUUGAGUUGCGAUAUGGAAAUAAAGCCCAACCCAUAUUAAGGACUCUGAAUUUCUCCACCUCUAGUUUGUCAUGCAGAAAGAAGGAAAGUCGAGGAGUGCCCCUUUAAAGAGAAAGGAGAAGAAUACUGGAAACAGGCGGGUUAAAACCUUAAGGAACGUUGAUAUAAAAGGAAGCUGACGUGUUCAGAAAGAGAGUGCUGGAUGAAUACAUUGUUUUU